AUGAUAAAGGCUGUGGUCGCCGUGGUGAUUGUGGGAGAGAUGGGGACGUCGGACCGAAAACCUGUGUCUCCUGAGCUACAGGUGUCUCCUGAGCUACAGGUGUCUCCUGAGCUACAGGUGUCUCCUGAGCUACAGGUGGCUCCGGAGCUACAGGUGUCUCCUGAGCUACAGGUGUCUCCUGAGCUACAGGUGGCUCCGGAGCUACAGGUGGCUCCGGAGCUACAGGUGGCUCCGGAGCUACAGGUGUCUCCUGAGCUACAGGUGGCUCCUGAGCUACAGGUGUCUCCUGAGCUACAGGUGGCUCCGGAGCUACAGGUGUCUCCUGAGCUACAGGUGUCUGAGCUACAGGUGUCUCCUGAGCUACAGGUGGCUCCGGAGCUACAGGUGGCUCCGGAGCUACAGGUGGCUCCGGAGCUACAGGUGUCUCCUGAGCUACAGGUGGCUCCGGAGCUACAGGUGUCUCCUGAGCUACAGGUCUCUCCUGAGCUACAGGUGUCUCCUGAGCUACAGGUGGCUCCGGAGCUACAGGUGUCUCCUGAGCUACAGGUGUCUCCUGAGCUACAGGUGUCUCCUGAGCUACAGGUGUCUCCUGAGCUACAGGUGUCUCCUGAGCUACAGGUGUCUCCUGAGCUACAGGUGUCUCCUGAGCUACAGGUGUGUCCUGAGCUACAGGUGGCUCCUGAGCUACAGGUUGGAGACCCCUGA